CCCCAUCUUUGGUGAAGAGCCAGCUGCAGGAGCGACGAAGGUGGAAGGUUGAACUCAAAAGAGAUGUGUUGAGACAUCAGCCUUGUCAUCCUUCUUGUAAAACCUGCAGUGGAUCUGAAACUCUCUGCACUUCAUGUCCAAAAGGGGCAUACCUGUUGCUGCAGGCAUGUGUUUCCUCCUGUCCACAAGGCACAUGGCCCUCAGUCAGGAGUGGCAGCUGUGAAAACUGUUCCGAGGACUGUGCCUCUUGUUCUGGAGCCAAUCUUUGCCAAAGGUGCCUGAAUCAGCCGGAUCGCCCUCUGUUCCUGCAUGAAGGCAGGUGCUUCCACGGGUGCCCUGAGGGCUUCUAUGCAAAAGAUGGGGCCUGUGAACGCUGCAGAUCCCCUUGCAGAACGUGUGAAGGAAAUGCCACCAACUGUCACUCUUGUGAAGGAGACUUUGUCCUGGACCACGGAACAUGCUGGGAAGCUUGUCCUGAAAGGCAUGUGGCUGUGGAAGGGGUAUGUAAGCACUGCCCAGAGAUGUGCCAGGACUGCAUCCACGAGAAAACAUGCAAAGAGUGCAUGGCCGACUUCUUCCUGUACGAUGACACUUGCCACAAGUCUUGUCCCCAACAUUUCUAUCCUGACUUGGGCCACUGUGUCCCCUGUCAUGAAAAUUGUUUGAUGUGCAGUGGACCCAAGGAAGAUGACUGUGAGGUCUGUGCCGAGGCAUCCAAGGUUCUCUACAAUGGGCUCUGUUUGGAUACAUGCCCUGCAGGAACAUACUAUGAAGAAGAGACUGAUGACUGCAAAGAGUGCCAAAAGUUCUGCCAGACCUGUAUAUCAUCUUGGACCUGCCUGGCCUGUCAGGAAGGCCUGACAAUGGUACAUGAGACCUGCAUGCCCAAGGAGUGUGCCUCCAUGGAGUACUGGGAUGAGGGGGCUCACAGGUGCCAGCCCUGUCACAGGAAGUGCUCCCGAUGCUCAGGGCCGGCUGAGGACCAGUGCUACACCUGCCCUGGGGACAGCUUUCUUCUCAACACGACCUGCGUGAAAGAUUGCCCAGAGGAUUCCAUCAGCAAGCCAAUCAGCAGUGUGAUGGGAAUCCUGCAACAGCAGAGUCCUGCCCUAACUCCCGU